AUGUGUGGGAUAUUGUGCGGUGCGGAGAACUGCAAAUUUCUGAAGUCCAAGUAUUUUAUUAUUAUUAUUAUUUUAUACUGCUCUGAUUUGGAGAUGACCCUUGAACUCGUGUCGUCAUCAACUAACUAGAGCGCGCGGAUGUCAAACGCAAACAAACAGGAUCUUGUAGUAAAUAUUGAUACCGUCAAUCUUUUUUAUACUGUUUUGGCCAAACAUUUUGCCCUGCAAACCGGCUUAGCAGCAUUUUUAUAAUGGGCACAAAGGUGGCAUCUAGCGCUAAGGAGUUUUCCAGACUUCUUCGAUCUCUACAGGAUGACCAAAGCAGUAACUCAUGCACAUACGAGGAGGACAUUCAUGUGACUAAGAUGAAAGGAGACAAAAUCCCUGUAAUGAAUUUAUACUGUGCCAGCCAGACUAUCUUUGUCUGUGAAAGAGCUGUAUCAAAAAUAAGUGAACCAGGAGAUGAGCUGAACACAGAGACAUUGGACUGUUCAGCUGAUGAUGAUGAUGAUGCUGAUGAGGAUCAUGAAGAUAGUUGUAAUGUUCUCCGUACAGAGCCACAACCACAGCCACUUACAGUCAUGAAAGCGAGACAGCUGCUGUCUUUAUACACAUUAUCUCAAAACCCUGGUGUGACCGCUGCAGACAACAACCCCAUCUUACACCCUCUGUGGGUGCAAUGCGACAUGUCUGAUCCCGCUGGGACAGUCUGGUUUGGUGCUGAACCGGUCAGUGUGGGAAAUAAAGUAACCGGGAUCAAAUUGUAUUCUGUUACCUGCAAAGGUUCAACUGUGGAAAAACAAUCUCUUGUAACAUUAGAAGAACUGAAGCAAAUGCACAAGAACAGACAUCACACCUCCUCGAUGGGGAUUAAAGGUAGUGCCAGGUUCAGUUUGUUUGGCUCCACUGUUGUCGAAAACACUACCAUCGGGUCACAGAGCAGCGUGACGGUGGAUUUCAAGUGGAGUCACGUGGAGAGCAUUCUUGAGGUCCCUCCUCUGUCUUCUACAGCCACUCUAAUUAUCAAAGUUGUCUGUGGAGACCCGAGAAGUCCGAUGUUUGAGAUGUUCAGGGAGAUAGAGUUUCUUCGGACUCUUGCAGAUGGUUUGAAAACUGGUGAGACUGAAUGGAUGGAACCUGUGGAAAGCACAUCAGCUGUAAAUCUGACCAAGGCCUACCUCGCAGAACUUAGAAACAUGGGAAAAACACUACAGGAUCAGGCUGCCAAAACAGCAGAGGCCCAGAAGUUGAAGCAGGAGACGGAGCCUCCCAUUUUCAACUCCUUGGAAAGAGGAGAUUUGGAUUUUGUGGAGCAGCUGUGGGUCCGGAUGAGAAAAAGCGUGACCUCCUACCAGGACGUCGGAGACUGCCUGAAGCUGGUCGUUGAAGCUCUGCGAUACGGUGACAUCAAGCCCUGGAUUCACAGAGACAGCAGCAGCUCUCUCAGCAAGCUGAUCCUGCAGUCGUACCACCAGCAGAUUGACCACGUGUCUCUUACAGGCAUCACCCCGGUCAUCAUGCUGCUGGAGAUGGGACUAGACAAGAUGAGAAAAGAUUACAUAAACUACUUGAUCGGGGAAGAAUUGACAACUCUCAACCACUUGUGUUACUACCUGAGCACAGAGGUCGAUUUGCAGGAGCAAGUGAUGAGACUCAGAAAACUGCACCACCUGCUGGAGAUAAUAGUAACCUGCAGCACAUUCUUGGGUUUGCCCUACGACCGGCUCUUUGUCCUCACUCAAAUGUGCCUGAAUCACUACAAAACAUCAACAUAUAACGAGGAACAUGAAUUCAAACUUCAGAUCAAACCAGCCCUUAUAACCCAUUUCUAUCAGAAGGAACGUCCUGUAGUGUGGGGAGUUGAGAUAUCUAGUGGUCAAGGUCUUCGUGAAGUCUGGACAUCCUUACAGCUCAGUGACAAGCCACUGGUUGAUCAUGUCAUCUUUGAAACAGAUUUGCCAAAUGAAACUGUAAAUGGGGACGAGGAGCCUGCCUUCUUUUCCACAAUGAUGUGCUCCAGCUUCAACAGCUUCGCAUGAAUUAACUGUUUGUAUUUGCUAUUAACAUUGUUUUUAUGCUAUAUUUUUUUCAUAGUACAUUUAUUAGUUUUUUUUUGUGGAUUUAUUUGGUCUUUUUGACCACAUUCUUAUUUUUGGCUGUUAAGAGACUUAGAAGAGGCUAGCUUUUGAACACAUUUUAAUCCAGAUAAAAGCGCAAAUGCAGAUGUUUCACAGCAGCCCUCUGAUGGGAAAAUACAACGGGAAAAUGUAGCAUGUCACAGCUGCAUUCACUUUCUACAUUGUCUGCAGAACCAGUGCUUCAUGUUUUGUCAGCAAACUGUAUACACAUCAAAUGAAUAAAGUUAGAAUGUAUCUUUAAAUCUUUAAAAAUCUUUAAAUCCACGCAAAAAUGAGUAAAGAAAAGGAACGCUUGAAUUGCACGAGGGCGUUCGUGACUGUAAACGGCUCCUAGUUCCUCCUUCGCAGCAGGAACAUGAGAAAGACGGCGCUGAUCAAAAUGGAGAGCGUGCACACAGUGGGGACGACGAUCUCAGUCACCAUCUCCAUGUGGCUGGUCAGCGGGUCUGCAAAACACAUUCACGCUCAUUACAACCUCGCCGUGUACGCAGACGUUGUUUAGGAGGCUAGUGUAGACGCUCAAGCACAGCACUCAAAGGGUUAAUUUUCCUUCCUUACAUAGAAUCAUACUGUGUCGGAUUUAUUUUAAGCACGGAGGUUUUCUUACCAUGUAUAAGUCUUAGAAUAUUGGCAGCAGUACUCCGCUGUUCCUCUAAUGGAAAAAGAGAAAGUACUUAGAGGUGAUUAACGACACUUUAACCCUUUGAGGACUGCAUGCAGCCGCCGGGGAGUAUUUCAGAAAGCUGCAACUUUAAUCCACUUGAAAGCUCAUUUAGGGCUGUGCAAACGUACUUUCAACCUGCUAGACUUCCUCGGCCUUAGCAUUUUGUUUCACUUAAAUGUUUCAGGUCCCCCUCAAAAAAAUUCGUAUCAGAUAAAGAUACAUUUAUAUAAUAUAAAAAGCAGUUUUCAAACUGUUUAUUUGAUUAAAGCUAACAUCCUGUGUUAAAAAAACAUUGUUGGUUAUCUUGUUAAAUCAUAAAUUAACUGAUUGACUACGUUUGGUGAGUUUAAUGUCACUUGCCCUACAGAGCUUUGAUUACUACCAGAUCUGUGGUAUCAACAAAUGACUUAAAUAGAACCAGUGUGACCGCAUGAAGUAGGCAAAGAAGCAAAACAAAAGCAAAUCAUUACUGCCCCAAUCUAAAGAUCCUUGAGAACAUAUGAAGAGCAAUGUCACUGACAUGGAUCUGUUUUCAGCGGGUCGUGAAACCAUAGUAUUUAAGUCUUACUGACUAGCCUUUCACAGUGAGAGCCAUUAUCCACCAAUAAAGAAAACAUGGAAUAGUGGCACACCUUCCUAGGUGUUUGCCCAAAACACUCCACAAGCACACUAAUGACGCACCCAGGUCACAAAAACCCAGAACAACAUUUGAAGCACUGCAGACCUCUCUGGCUUCAGUUAAGGUAAUUAUUUUUUGUUUAAAUGAUAAGAAAAAGACUGCAGAAGUACCAUUCGAGUUCUAAGGCAACAGCUGGAAAAAACAUUGCGACCCGCCUCACACCUACCAGAUAUCUUGAUGAUCCCAAAGACCAGCAAGUCCAUCUAAGAAUGUUUUAAAAAAAAAAAAAAAAGCUUUCUAAGGGGCCCACGUCAAAGUCUGGACUUGAAUUAAGAUCCUGUGACAUCAAGAACCCUUCAAUGUGGAUGAAUUAUAACAACCCUGCAAAAAAAAUCAUUCGUCCACAGUGAUCUAAAUAAUUCAUGUCCAGUUGUUGCGAAGACAAAGAGGAGCACAACCCAUUUGGAGGUUUAGAGGGCAAUCCAAGGGUUAGGGCAUAUAUAGCUUUUCCUCUUGUUGAAUAUAGUCAUUUAUUGCCCUGUUUUUUUUUUAUUUUCUGAAACGUGUUUGUGGAUUUGAAACAUUAAUGUAAAAACAACAACGCAAAUGAAGAAUAAAUCAGUAAGCAAACAUUUUUCAGAUCAGCGUACAUGAAUCUUAACGCAAGUAUGGCCAAAUCCUUUUUUAUUGGUCUCUAAAUUCCAUUUUAUAUAACUUGUAUUAUACUGCGUCUUGCUUGCUGAAAUACUCCUUAUGCAAAAAAA